AUGAGUCUGCAUGGACUUGGAGUGAUUGGGGCCCAGGUGGCUGCGUCCAUCAAGAGCAGUGAUGAAAAGAGCUUAUCCACACCAAGGAUUCAAUCUCCGCCUACAUCGAUACAGUCUACCCCAAUACUUGAACACAAUCGUUCUCAGGAUUUUGAUCCAUCGGUCGGCGCCAAGCCAUACUCGCCUUUCUACCCUCACAGUACGCCCACGCUCUCCUGUGAGCACCUGACGUUCGAGACUAAGACGGCGAACCGGAAUCACAGCCAACUACGAGAUCUUGAGAACGCGGGACCAUACACAUUUCGCAAUGAGAGUCCUAGGCGAUCGAAGUUAUGGGAAGUCGAGAACCCACCAAGAUCAUGCAUGAGUUCAUUGAGUGGUCGACAGCGCAUGAUCCUGAAAGCGAUUAUCGCUAUUGUGACAGUGGGGAGUAUGAUUGCUAUUGCCUUGGGGAUCACUGCUGCGGUUGGAGGUGCCGCGUGGAGAGCCAGUGCAGAGAAGACCGCCAUUGGAGGAUAA